UAUUGGAAACUAGUGUGAUAUGUACUGAAAUGGCAGAAGCAAAUAUUUCUGUGAGCUGGGAACAGUUCAGCUGUUCGAUCUGCCUAGAUCUACUGAACGAUCCAGUGACCAUCCCCUGUGGACACAGUUACUGUAUGAGCUGUAUUGGACGCCACUGGGAUGCAAAUGCUCGUACGAGACCAUACAACUGUCCUCAGUGCCGAAAGACCUUCACUCCAAGAUCUGAUUUAGGUAAAAAUGUGGUGGUUGCUGAAUUGGUGGAGAAACUAAGGAGGACAGAACUUCAGACUCCUCCCAGGACUAUUCCCCAGACUGCUCACACUGUUUCUCACACUGAAGCUGGACCUGGAGAUGUGGAGUGUGAUGUCUGUACUGGCAGAAAAUAUAAAGCCAUCAAAUCUUUCUGUCAAAUUCACUUUCAACAACAUGAGAAUGCCUUUGAAGGUGAGGGACACUGUUUGAUUGACGCUACUGAGCAGCUCCAGAAGAUGAUCUGUCCAAUACACAAUGAGCUUUUGGAGAUUUUCUGUCGUACUGACCAGAUGAGCAUUUGUAUGCGGUGUGCGAUGGGUACCCACAAAAACCAUGACGUGACACCAGGAACAGAGAGAAUGAAUCAGUCUAGGCCCACCUCUGCUCUAAGUUCUAGACACGCCACUGCUUCAGAAUCCGAGCAACUCCAGGAGAUGAUCUGUCCAAUGCACAAUGAGCGUCUGGAGAUUUUCUGUCAUACUGACCAGAAGAAUAUUUGUGUGGUGUACAACGUAUAACCACAAAAACCAUGACGUGACACCAGGAGCAAAGAUAAUUAAUCAGUCUAGGCCCACCUCUGCUCCACGUUCUCGACACACCACAACUUCAGAAUCUGAGCCCGGACCAUGGAGCAGUGACAGACCCACUACUCCACGGUCUUUGCCCAGCACU